UGACUAAGAUUUAGCAAGAAGGAGAACUUUUUCGGUCUUACCUGUCUGUCCAGUUUUUUAUUACCUUCCCAGGAAGACAGAGAGUAGAUUGUUUCAGCUUUUGAAUCUGUUCACUUGUCCUUAGAAACACAAAGGGGGAUUGUUGCAGAGUUUUAUAAACAGAUUAUUACUUUUUGCUGAACAAGGACGCUAUCAGUUUUGUUUGAUCACUGUUUUUGUGGUUGGACAUUGCAGAGACAGGAGCUGGACAUAUUUAUAGGGAAGGAUGAGCAGUUUUCUGUACUUCAUCCUCCCAGCUCUGGGUGGAUACGCUCUCACCUCGGUGUACCUGCUGAAGAACCCACUCAUUCUCCACAGGAGGAAACGCACAGCCUUUUACUGCACACACAUCUCACACAGAGGAGGAUGUGGAGAGAGGAUAGAAAGCACGAUGGAGGCGUUCACAAAUGCGGUGGAGCAAGGCACACACAUGCUGGAGAUGGACUGCCACCUGACGAACGAUGGACACGUGGUGGUGUCACACGAUGAAAAUCUGCUAAGGCAGACCGGCCACGACGUCACCAUCUCCUCACUCAAGCUACAGGAUUUGCCUGUAUAUAAGGAGAGACUGGAGAUGACAUUUUAUGCAGGUCGCUACAGCAGCGGUGCAGACAGGAAGUUUGCUCUGCUCGAGGACGUGUUCAGGAAGUUCCCUGAGAUGCCUGUCAGCAUUGAGAUCAAAGAGAACAACCACCAGCUGAUAGAAAAGGUAUCUGACUUGGUGAGACACUACAACAGGGAGGAGAUCACUGUCUGGGCCUCCGUGAACUCCAGCAUCAUAAAGGAAUGCCGCAAAACGAAUGGCUCCAUGCCGUUCAGCUUCUCUAUGAACCGAGGUGUGCUGCUUCUGCUCCUCUUCUACAGCGGCCUGCUGCCCUUUGUGCCGCUGGAGGAGAGUUUACUGCAGUUCUACCUGCCGCGCAUCAUCAACAGGACGUUCAUCCCUGAGAACCGCAUCCUGAAGAACAGACUGGUCAUCGCUUUGUUAGAAAAAGUAACAAUGAGGAAGAGCCUUUUUAAACACCUUGCAGCCCGUGGAAUUCAGGUGCAUUUGUUUGUGUGCAAUGAAGAUGAAGACAUAAAGGCUGCAUUUGAAGUGGGGGCCACAGGGGUGAUGAGUGACUAUCCGACUCUCUUGACAAGCUACCUCUGCAGAAACAGAAGUCAGGAUUGACCCAGCACACGUCCGCACAUGACAACAAUUAAUAAACUCAUCACAUGGAAAUGAUGAAUGAGGAUUGUGUACACAAAAAGACUGUGAAAGUGUCCGACACAUUUCCUCAAUCGUGACAAUAUCAGUGGAUGAGCUGUUCAUUGUUCACUGUUGAUUUGAAUUAUCUGCAGUCAGUUCAAUCAGUCAGUCAGACACAGACAGAAACAGUCAUUGAGUUUUCUCAGCAACAACUCUAACGGUGCUGGAGGGAUUUUACUUGAUUUUUCUUUUUUUUUUCUUUAUUACUGCAAUGAGACACAGUACAGACAUAGGCGUAAUCAAAUAUAAUACAGACAAUAACACGAAACACUUAACAAACAGAGGUUAUGAUUUGUAAUUGGUGCAUAUUUUUAGUUGUUUAUGGGAGAACAACACAUACACAUACAUAUACACAUGUCAUAUUAGGAGCCUAUGUGUUUCUGUUCCUGUAUGAAAGUGUGUUGUUGUGUGUCGAGUAUUCAUAUUUGCAUGGGUGUGACCAGAGGAAUGUGCAGGUAUGUGUGAGGAGGAGGAGGAGGAAGAGGAGGAAAAUAAAGAAAGAAUCAAAUGGGAAAAAAAAGAAAAAGUGGUGAAAAGGAAAAUACAUAUAUGUGCACAUACACACAUUAUGUAUGUGUGUAUUUAAUAUAACAGAUAUAUCAACAGCGUGGGUUUUACAGGGCUUCACUGCAGUUCUUCUUUAUCUUUUCUUAUCUUUAUCUUACAGGUGUUAUUGCCUUGGGCUGCCCCCAAACCCUCGCAAUGAUAAUGAUAUUUAUGUUCAAGAAAACAGGGAGUUUAUCUAAUGAGUGGUGAUGAAUAACUGAAUAGUUGAUGACAACAACAACUCAAGGCAACAAUAGAUAAUGAUAAACAAAGAUGUGGAGAAAGAAGACGUGUUGUCUUGUUGGUUGUAAUUGAAUCCACUUAAGAGUUGGAGUUGGUUUGCCAAUAAAUAAUGGAAGUAAUGUGGGUUUUUUUGGUUCUCGGUUGCCAAUUUGGUGUAUUGUAUAUCCAAUAAUAUUUGGUGAUUUUGAAGUCUAGGUGAGGGUGGGUUUAAUUGGAAUGAUUGAGAGUUACAUUUAUUUUAGGGACACUUUAACCCUUAAUCGGGCGAGGAACCAUUUAAGGUAACUUCCUUAUGACAGUUUUUAUAACACUCCUAUUGCAUAUUUUGGUGGGGUUUUUUUAUAGGUGAAAUACUAAUAAACACUUCACUGUUAGAGCUUUCUUUCACAAAUAACUCAAAGUGGGCUUGAGCUUGAUUUGUUUUAUGGCUUAUUUAUUACAUAUUUUCAUAGUAUAUGGAUGUGUUAUAUUUCUUUUGCAGCAGCUGUCUGCUCAGUCCUUCUAUGGGAAGAGGAGGCCUGCUGUGCCACAGAUUGCUGUUGUGCCAGCCCACCUACACAUCAUUGACUUUGAUUUGCAGCCUAAAACUGAAACUUUUUUAAAAAGUAAAAAAAGAAAAAAUGUCUUCUUAUAUCCACCAAUAACACUCCAGGGUUAAUAUUUUAAAUGUCCAAGUUUUUCAAUGAGUGCCCAAUGAAGGGUUAAACUUAUUAUAUGCAUGUAUUAUUGGAUGAGUGUUCACCUUUAAUAAACGAUCGGGAUGGAUUAUGGAAAGAAUCAAAGUAAA